GGCUAGGUCCACCCCCAAUAUAUAUAUAUAUAUGCACGCAACACUUAAUUUGUACUACGCUUCUAAAAUCUUGUGAUCACUCAGUUACAAGAGAGAAAAUUGAAGGAAGAGCUAUAACACCGAGAAAGCAAAAUGGCAAGUCUACUAUGUCAAGGGAAGAGUUCGUGGCCUGAGGUUGUGGGAACAAACGGGGUGGUAGCAGUGGAGAAGAUUGAGAGAGAGAAUGAUAAUGUUCGUGCAAGAUUGGUGGGAGAAGGAUCUAUGGUGACAAUGGACUUUUGGUGCAACCGAGUUUGGGUUUGGGUCGACAAAAUUGGGGUGGUCACUCGUGUGCCAAAGAUAGGUUAGCUAGGCAUGCACCUUGUAUGUAUGUAUCAUGUAUGGAAUAAUAUAUAUAUAUAUAAUAGCCAUUAAUUACUUACAUUAAUGGUUCUUAUAUAUAUAUAUAUAUAUAUAUAUAUAUAUAUAUAUAUAUAUAUAUACUUCUUACUCUUAAAUAAGGCAUCGCAUGCUCAGGACGAUUAUGCACAUUAAUCCCAUCAUGUCUUCAACUUGAUCUGUCUUCUGUAAUUGUUAUAUAUGUAUGUGUUUUUAUCAUGGUUUCAUCAUGUUA